GCGAGGAGGAGGAGGAGGGUUGCGCAUCGCCUCCGACGGACGUUUCCCCCGAUCGCGGGCGCUUAUGGGCAGGGAGGGCUCGCUCAACCUGGAGCCUUGCGCGGCGGCUGGGAGUCCCGAGGCGGCGCCGCGGCGGAGGCUCCUCGCGGUGAGGAUGAGGGGCGUCCCUUCGCAGCGCCUCCGACGCCGGCCGAAGGGGAAAUAACAUGCAAGCUGGCCAAGGGGACCCGACGGCACGCUGGGAGAAGCAGCCGGGGAAAGUUGCCUGGGCGAAGGCGGCGCGGGCUUCCCGCCCCGUCCGUCUCUCUUGGCCCCAAGCCGGGCUCCAAAGGGGCAGAGCCAGAGGAGGGGCUCAUCCGCCGGGCGCCCGGAGGCACAGCCAGAGGAGAGCGCAAGGCGGGAGGAGCCGCUUCCUGGCACCGCCACCACCACUCCUCCUGCUCCCGCUCCAUCCCGUUCCUUGCCGCCUCUCUCCCGCCCGGGAUCGCCUCGCUUGGUGAUUGACGCCAGGCACAACUUUGGAGCAGCACCCCAAACUGGCUCCAAGGAGCGCCCCCGACCCCUUCCUCGGAUGCCAGUGCCGGAAGGAAAGGAUGAUUGAUGGCGGAGAGGCAAUAGACAUUCAUCGUUUUGCUCCACCAACUGAUUUAUCACUUGUGCAGUCAUCCCUCAUGUGUUGAGUAGAGGGAGGAUUGCUCAGGAUUACUGACAACGCCACUGAGGACUGGAAACAUUGCUGAGUUAUUGUCUGCUUCUGGACAUCAUUUACCUGUGCGCUAAGAAGUCUUGAAACAUUUGAGGGCAACAGAUGGUUCUUCUGAUUUGAAUGGCAUCUCUUCAAUACUCUAGGCUUCCACCAAAGUUUCCAACUUUAAAUUAAAAAAAACAGCCAUCAUAAUCUUCUUCUUGUCUUCUGGUUUGGAACACAUUUUACAAUUAAUUCAGCCUCCUGUGUACAUAUAUGUGUAAUAUAGACUGCACUUAGCUCUUGGCCAGUUAUAGCUAUCAAGACAUCUGUCAAGGCUUUAGAGAUGUAUUUCUCAAGAUUCUUGUCCCUCCAUGCCCUUUGGGUUACUGUCUCAUCAGUGAUACAACACUAUCCUUCAGUGUGGGGACACUAUGAUGUGUGCAAGACUCAAAUUUACACAGAUGAAGGGAAGAUUUGGGAUUACACAGCUUGUCAGCCAGAAGCCAUCGAUAUGAUGAAAUAUGUGAAAGUAAAUCUGGAUCCACCUAACAUAACCUGUGGAAAUCCACCAGAGAAUUUCUGCGGAAUGGGGAAUCCCUACAUGUGCAAUGAGUGCGAUGCAACCAUUGACGAACUGGCACAUCCACCCGAACUGAUGUUUGAUGCCGAAGGAAGGCAUCCCUACACCUUUUGGCAGUCUACCACUUGGAAGGGUUACCCAAAGCCUCUCCAGGUGAACAUCACCCUUUAUUGGAACAAAACCAUUGAGCUAACAGACAACAUUGUCAUCACCUUUGAAUCUGGCCGCCCGGACCUAAUGAUCCUGGAGAAGUCUCUCGACUAUGGUCGGACGUGGCAGCCGUACCAGUACUAUGCUACCGACUGUUUAGAUGCUUUCAACAUGGAACCAAAAUCAGUGAGGGAUUUAACCCAACAGACAGUCCUAGAAAUCAUUUGCACAGAAGAAUAUUCUACGGGGUACAUGGCAAACAGUAAAAUCCUCCACUUUGAGAUUAAAGAUAGAUUUGCCCUAUUUGCUGGGGCACGGCUACACAAUAUGGCUUCUCUCUAUGGGCAGCUCGACACAACCAAGAACCUAAGAGAUUUCUUUACUAUCACAGACUUGAGGAUAAGACUACUCAGGCCAGCAACAGGGGAAAUAUAUGUGGAUCCGCAUCAUUUGACGCGCUACUUUUAUGCCAUCUCAGACAUAAGAGUAGUUGGAAGGUGCAAGUGCAACCUUCAUGCCACCGGCUGCAGAGAAGAAAACAAAAAAUUGUUAUGUGAAUGUGAGCACAAUACAACAGGUCCAGACUGUGGAAAAUGCAAGAAGAAUUAUCAGGGACGACCUUGGAGCGCAGGCUCAUAUCUCCCCAUUCCUAAGGGCACUGCAAAUAUCUGUAUGCCCAGUAUUUCCAGCAUUGGUACUCCUCCAAAGUUUGAUAGGAUAUGGCCGAAUAUAUCUUCCCUUGGGGUUUCUAACCCAAAUCAAGUUACUCCAAAAUUAGCUUUGUCUACUGUUUCUUCUGUUCAAGUUGCAGUCCCCAAGAGAGACUGUGAAUGCUUCGGCCACUCCAACCGGUGCAGUUACAUCGAUGUGCUCAGUACAUUCAUUUGUGUGAGCUGUAAACACAACACUAGAGGGCAGCACUGUGAGAUGUGCAGGAUGGGCUACUACAGAAAUGUUUCGGCAAAGCUGGACGAUGAAAAUGUAUGCAUAGAAUGUAAUUGUAACCGUUUUGGCUCAAUCCGUGAUCGCUGUAAUGAAAAAGGAAUGUGUGAGUGUAAGCAGGGAACAACAGGGCCUAAGUGUGAUAAGUGUCUGCGGGGAUAUUACUGGCACAACCAGGGCUGUCAAUCUAACGUAUGUGACAAUGAACUUCAGAUCUGCCUGAAUGGAGGAACGUGUGAGAAGAAUGUACGUUGCCUGUGCCCACCAAACUACGCUGGUGUACUGUGUGAGAAGCGGAGUUGUGAAGGGAAUUCAGAAAUCUGCAACUCUGGACAACGGGCAUUGUUAUCAUGCCUGAUACUUCUAUUACCACUGAUUGCACCAUUAGGAUUAAGUGGAUUUUUCCUAUUCUAGGCUAUGCAGCUUGAGCAGCAUCGACUUCAGACUGCUUUGAAAAUAUAGGACACAGAAAAGGAAAAUAAAAUAAAAAGAGGACAGCAACAGCCUCAAGAAGAUGCUAAUGCGUCUUUCAAAUAUAAUUAUAAUAAUAAUAAAAGGGGAAAGCGCAAAUAUAUACGUAUAUAUAGACUUUCAAAAGGCCUAACUGAACUAAGCCAUAUCUAUCCAUUGUUGACAACCCAGCGAGUCAAGACUGUUACUUUCUGACUCAAGCUUUACUUGGACAGCUGCCAGUACUAUUACUACUAAUGACAAAGCCAGCUGCAAAAGCUUACCAAGGAUCGAAAAGGCUUUGGUUGCCACCCCUUGGACAGGAAUACAAUAAAAUGAAAACCGCAGAACCUUGCUCCUUCAAUCUGGUGCACAACUGUACCUCUUCCCAGUGUGUGGGCCAACCAAAUAGAGGCAUUCUUUGCUGUCAGUGCAUUGUGGGUAUAAGGAAAUCUGUUUCAAAGCUGCCAUAUUGGCCUGCUUCAGCCCCCUCCCCCCAAUCCCCUUCCAACUGUGCUUUAGUGAACGUUGCUCUGUAACCCUUGUUGGUUGAACGAUUUCUUUGUCCGAUGUUAGUAAUGCACAUGUGUAUCAGCCCCUCCUCAAUAAAUUCCAAGCCAGUCAUACCCUUGUAUCUCUUAGAAGCACUGCAUCAAGCCAAUGCUGUGCUCACCUAUUGUACAAGAGUGGCUAUAGAACAAAAGAAGAGUGUAUUUAUCCUUUUGUAUUCAAAUGAAGUUAUUUUUCUUGACUAACGUACAACGUAGACUUUUUGUAUUAUUGACAAUUUGUGUUAACAGACAAUUUAUUAAUGUACUUUAAUCCUAAUGAGAUAAAGGUGGGGGGAGUUAAUUUUUUAUUUCCUCCUCGUUUUUUUCUCUCCUUUCUUUUCUUUUCUUUUUUUCCUUUCAUUUUAUUUCUGCAGAGAUUUCUCUGUAUGGGCAACGUGCUGGCAUCAAAGAAUAUCAGUUUACAUAUUAUAGCAAGUGUAAUAAAAAUUCCACCAAAGGACAUUCUAAAUGUUUUCUUGUUGCUUUAACACUGGAAGAUUUAAGAGAAUAAAAAUUCCUGCGUAAACUA